AUAGAACAUAUAUCAAAAAUUCACAUUAAUACUCUUCAUAUCACACAUAGCACACACACAUCUGAGGAGUUUCAAGCGACGGCAGCAAUUUGCGGCAGCGGAGGCGGCGCGUGGUGGAACUCGCCAAGGAGCGUUAUGUCCCCUUCGGAUCAUUUCUUGUCGCCAUGUUUCGGACAGCGAGAGGCUGAUUCUGACAGUGGAGGAAGCACCGUGAGUAUUGACUCGACGUUGCAAAUGAUGGGUCUAGGGUUUUCCUCAAACUCUUCUUCAGACUGGAACCAAACCGUUUUACAAGAAGACUUAAACUCAAGCUUCAUAAGCUCACAAGAUCACUAUCAUGGCCAAGGAUUCUUAUCUACAACUAGUUCACCUUAUCUUCUUAAUCCAGCUUGUUCUUCAUCUUCGUCACCUUCUCCUCCUUCCUCAAGCUUGUUACAAACCUUUUACGAUCCGGAACCGAGUCAGUACAGGUUCCUUUCUACCACUAGCUGUUCAAUCAACGAUUCUCAGCUCUCUUGGGCUAGUAGUAAGACAAGUCCUCAUCAUCAAGCUGCUUAUGGAAUAAUUAACAACUUCUCUAACAGCACAAACUCUCGACCCUUUUGGAGUUCUUCAUCAACCACUAACUUAAACAACACGCCGCAUAACAGUUUUGUAACCUAUUCGCAGAUAAUACCUACUCGUCUUGAGGACAAAACUAAGAAUCAGAAGACUAAAGGCCAGAGCGAGUCUUUAAAGAGAGCAAAGGAUAAUGAUUCCGCGUCGAAGAAACAGAGAAUUAGCACGCCUUCACCAUUGCCAACUUUUAAGGUGAGAAAAGAGAAUCUAAGGGACCAGAUUACUUCAUUACAACAGUUAGUUUCACCUUUCGGAAAGACAGAUACUGCAUCUGUUCUCCAAGAAUCCAUAGAGUACAUCAAGUUUCUUCAUGAUCAAGUCACUGUUCUAAGCACUCCAUACAUGAAACAAGGUGCUUCCGUCCAACAACAACAUCAGAAAUCUGGUAAGAGUCAAGAUGGAAACGAGAAUCAAGAACUAAGAGCACACGGUCUGUGUCUCGUUCCCAUAUCGAGCACUUUUCCGGUGGCUAAUGAAACAACCGCCGACUUCUGGACACCAACGUUUGGGGGCAACAGUUUCAGGUGAUUAAAGAGUGUGUGAGAGAGAGAGAGAGAGAGUUGUAGUUGUCAAGACGGACGGGAACAUAUGCUAAAUUCAGCUUGAAGACUUCAAAGCAUGGACAAUAAUCUUAAUGUAUUUUCUCUUUCUUCUUUAGUAUUUUAAUUUAAUAUUUGGGGGGGGGGGGGGGGGGGGGGGGGUUUAUUGCUGAAUUUAGCAGAUAUGGGUUGUUUUUAUGUUGAAUAACCUUUUGUUCCUGUCCUUGUUCUUGAAUAUAUAAAAUAUACAUAUUUUUGCAGUUGGUUCCAUUUUUGUUAGUCACUUAUUAAAGAUGAAACUUUUAGUUUGUUUCAAAUUUGUAUGUGUAUAACUUCGCUCCAAACCCAAAUUUCUAUGCUGAUGAAAUAACAAUAAUAUAAUACAAUAUAUAUAUGUAUAUAUCUUUAUGUGUAUAUAUAUAUAUAUAUGUAUUUGCUUACUAAUUUUUAUAUAUAGACAAUAUGUGUAAACUAUAUAUUUAAUCACCUAUAAUUUAAUCAAUAUUUAUAUAAACAAUUGGAAAAUUUCAAAAUAAAAAUAAUUUGAUAAAAUAAUAAAUAAUAAAAUAUAUAGUUCUAUUAAUAUAAUAAAAUAUUUAUUAUCCUUCACUACUUCAAAAUAAGUGUUUUUAGGAAUAAAUAUUAUUAUUAAUAUUAUAUUAUAUUUUUAAAAUUUCAAUAAAUAUGGAUUCAAUUAGAUCACUGAAUGGUGUUUUCAUAAUACUUUAUAAUACUUUUAUUAGAGGUUUGGUUAUAUCGAUGACAAAAUAAGAAAACUUAAAGAUUAACUAUAUAUAAAUUUAUUUUAUUUCUAAUCGUAUUUUAUUAUUUAUUAUGUUAAUUGUUAUUGCUUUUUUGGAAAAUAAAAGAAAUUAAAUUAUAAAUUAAUUAAUGUAAAAUAUGAACCCAAAAUAACAUUUCUAGUUUUAGAUACUUUUUUAGAAACAUGGAUUUCAAAAAUUCUUCAGAUCUACAUAUGCAUUUGUCGAUUAAAGUUUUGUUUCCAUAUUAAUUUGAAAUAUUCCUUAUAAAUCUGUAGGUUUUCAAAUUGAAAAAAUUGAAUUUGUACUGUAUGUAUGUUGUUACUUGUUAGCAACAAAAUACAUGCUGAUUGCCAUGAUAGUAAAUUAUACAAAGAGUAAUAUUUAUUUUGUUAAACGCUAUACGUGUUAUCCUGUCACCAAAACAUACGUAUCAAAAAUGUAUUGUUAUUUUAUAAUAUCUAAUUUGAAAAUAUAUUCAUAAGUAAUUAAAAUUAAUAACAAAGUAAAAUGUAUUAAGCAAAUCACUAUAUAUUAAUAAUGCCGAAUAAGAAAUAUAAACAAUAAUAUUAAAGAGUUAAACAAUAUAUAACAUCAAUGUAGAAAAUAUAUAUUUAAAUAAUUUAUAAUAACAUCAAAUACAUUUAUAAAAUGAAAAAUAUCCGCACGGACAUACGAAUCAAAAUCUCUAGUUUACUUUGUUUAAACGCUAUAUAUGUUACCCUGUCACCAAAACAUACAUAUCAAAAACUUAUAAUAACAUUUUGUAAUAAAGAUAUUUCAAAACAAAAUUAUACUAUAAAGAAAAUUAACCGGUUCGCAAAAAAACACUAAUAUAAACGAUAGACAGAAAAUAUUUCUCGAUCAACGAAUUUUACAAAUUAGAUUACUGGAAAUGAUUCUAUAUUUCUUUCUCUACCGCCUAUCCGAAGAACUAUUAAUCAAUUUUAUGUCGUUGUUUAGAGGCUGCAAAAUAUAACUUUUAGGGGUUUUGUGCCAUUACUCCAUGUUUGUCUAUGUUCCAGUCCAGUCCUUUUAUUUACAUGUUUAUACUUUAUACCAGUCAUAUUUUUACUGGACUGGGUUAGUUAAUAUAUCACUCUUAGUUGCUCUUUAUUUAUUUUUUUAUGAUUCCACGUUGAUGCUUUCUAUUCAUUCUUGUAGAGUAGAUUACAAUUUACCUAAAGUUCUAUUUUUUUUUUUGAGAAAGGGCUACCUAGAGUUCUACUUGCAACUAUAAUGCAGAAAUACGGAAGACAAAUUCACUAGAAUAUUUUGCAUCAUUUAUUUUAGAUAUUUGUAAUUUGUAAUUUAUAGUUUAGAAAGCGGUAAUGCAAAUAUUUUACAUCAAUUUAAGAAAAUACUGCAAUUAUUUAUAUAAAUUAUUAUAACUGGUUUAAAUCGAAACAUGUUUAAUUCUUUAUAAAUCCUAAUUUUAAUUAUGAUAUAAUGUGUAUAUGUUCAUACAUAUCAAUGUAUAAAUGUGUGUUCAUAGAUUGAACUUUUUAAUCGUUCGAUUAGAAGUUAGAACUAUACAUUACGAAAAUUUGAUACUGGAAGCCAGUAGAUAACAGGCCCACUGGUUCCUACUUUAUGAUUUGAAUAUACAUAUAUGGUUUAGUAUAUAUACUGAUGAUAAAAAUAUACCAAUUUGACAUUCAAUAUCAUUCAUGCUUAAAGAAAAAAAGAAAGAUUAUUCCAUUCUUUUAAUAAAGACAUUUGCGUGUCUAAUCUAUCAGAUGCCACAACAAUCAUACGCAAUAAUUGAAUUUUAGUACUCCCUCUGAAUUUAAAUAUAAGAUAUUUAAAGUUUUACACACAUAUUAAAAAGCAAUAAAUAGACUAUUUUAAUUGUUAUUUUUUUAUUAUAUCAAUAAAGUUUUACCACUCAUAAUUUUACGUUUUAAUUUAUGUUUAAAUUUUCAAAAUAAAUACAUUAAUUAUAUCUCAAAACAUCAUACAUUUGUAUACAAAAUAAAAAUAUAGAACAUUUUACAUUCGUAUCCAGAAAGAGUAUCUUUUUGUAUCGUAUGUUACAAACUCGAAAAUUAGUAAUGCAAUUUUAAUGCGUUUACCAAAAAAACAAGAAUUGAAUUCUAACAAAUAUCUAAAUCUAUAUACUCUAUAGUAGGGUCCCAUGCAUGAUUACCUGUUAUUUGAAUCAAUUAAUUUAAUAAAAUUAUCCGUGUAUAAAUUUUAAUACGUAAUAAAUUUAUUGUAUGUAGUACGUAGUUUCAAUGUUUUUCUUUUUUGAAUUGUGCACUAUUGAAAAUGUUGGUUUUCUCCGAAGUCCAAACAAACAUAUAUAGCAUGCGGGGAAAACCAGUAUUCAAGUAUUCCAGGCGUGAAUCGGUUUCAGGAGAAGCAGGUGAGACAAACUUAGGGUUUGAAUGAUAACAUGCAAAGCAUAACCGGUGCUAGCAACAAAAAUAUAUAGAUAUAUAUAUAAAAAAUUGUUAUUUUUAACUGCAGUGUUUGGUGUGUAAGCCUUAAUACCAUAGCUAGGUAGUUUGGAUCACAACACGUAACUACAAGUGCAUGUCUCUUCCAACUCCCAGCUGCAAAUGAUUCUUUCUCACGGCCUUUGUCUUUGAAAGUAUUUCUCGAUUUGUUUUCUGAUCUUUUAAUUUUCCGGUGGCUUUUACUUGUAGAAACAAUCCAAAUAGGUUAAGGUUUCGGCGCGGUCAAUCAUGUAACACCGAAUAAAUCAAAACCGAACUGAACUGAAAUAACUUAUUUGGUUUUAGUGAUACCGUUAAUGAUAUUUUUAGAAAGCAUAUAUAUAUAUAUAUAUAUAUAUAUAUAUAUAUAUAUAUAUAUAUAUAUAUGGUUCGAUUACUGAUUAAUUAAACUAUAAUGAUAUAAUUAUAAAUAAUUUACAUAAUAUGUUAAUAAUAUCUAUAAAUAUUCCCGUUGAAGGCGCGGUUGAGUAGGGAAUUUUAUUCUGGGAUGUUUAAUUCAUUUGUUUUGCCUUCGUGUCUCAAAGUUAUUCUGCUAAUCUGGCAUAGUUCUGGCUUUGUCUGACAAAAGGUUCAAAUGAAUUUCAGUACUUAUUGUCAAGAUGUCCACUGCAUUGCUUGCUCUCUUGCCUGAUUUUGGUUCAGUGCGAGAAUUCCAUCAGUUUAUAGGGGAAUGAGAUUAGUUAGCUUUCGUUUAGUGUUUUCUUACAAGUUGUUCUCGUUAAGGUAGAUGGGUUUCCAAUCUAAAACCAAAUGGUGAUAACUGGAGUGAUCCAUCUAUCUUAUGUACUACUAAGGAUCUUUUCUAACAUUCGAUAUGAGACCUUUGUCCCUAAUACGCCCCCUCGAGAUGAUGACUCUUUGAGCAUCAAUUAUGGAAUGUUUGGGCAAGGAUCGAUGUGCCGACUUUGGGCUAGAUCGAUAAUGGAUUGGGUUAGACUGCGUGGAUUGGGCUCUGAUACCAUGUUAAGACAGAUGAACUUCCGACCUAAAACUAAUUGGUGAUAAGUAGAAUGGUCCAUCUGUCUUAUCUACUACUAAGAAUCCUUUCCAACAUUCGAUGUGAGACCUUUGUCCCUGAUAGUUCUUUGUUUGUAUGUGUAUUCUCUUGUGUGUGAGCUUGCCACUAUGUCUUAGCGAAUUUUGAUUCUUCAACCCGGCUAAUGUACAUUUCAUCUUGUAUUUCAUUCAGUUUUAUUAAUAUAAAAUUGUAUGACAAAAAAACUAGUGAGCUUGCUUGGGAUAUCGUAUAAUAAUAUUAUAGGUGAUAAAGAUACAGAAUAAACUGGGAAUACAUUUCAAAUCAAAUUAGUUACAUCUGAAAAUUUGAAUUACUCAUUUCAACUAUCAAUCGAUUAGAAAUAGAAUCAAUUUUGUAAGAGAUUUUGACAGGUUAUGCCAUGCGCCAAAAGAAACAAGGAUCAUAUAUGAUGUAAAGUUAAUAUAAUUGGCAAAAGAAAACAUUAUGGGCAUAAUUUCAGUCUUUUACAUGUACAAUAAAGGACGAACAAGUUUUGUCUUGGCAUUAUGUGAAAACAAGUUCUUAGUGUCUUCAGCUAUAAGCUUUGUUUGAUUGAACCGUAAAAGCGUUAUUCCUUUUAUCCGUAGGAAAAUAAUAAAUCACUUUGAUUCUAAUUUUGUUAAGCUUUUGAGAAUCACAAAGACACACAGCUUAUUUUCAUCCAGAGGGACAUAUCCAUUUACUUUCUGAAUCAAAAUCUAUGCGGUUUUACCAGACUUAUCAUAUUAGUUUGUAUGACUGUCGCUGACAGAUCGUAAUCAGGGUUCGAAGUUAUUAGAGUUUGCUACCAUGUAAAUUGUAGUCAGAAACAUCAUGUUUAGAAAAUAAAUGGAAGACCUCCGUUCACCGCGGGUGGCCGACGCGGACCACCAGACCGGAGGCUGCAGAAUUGCACCAGGGAGCUUGGCUCGAGACCACUGCGAGUCGCUGACGUGGGUAGAGGCAGUCAGCGGUUGAUCGAUAGGAGACAACGCGCUACGCGGGUGACCACCGCGGAAACCAAGCAGGGCGACUGAUACAAUCUCAUAUUGGAUUCCGAGAUGGGCCUGUAAACUGAAGAAGAAGAUCAAGCCCAAAGCAUUUCUCUUUCGUUUAAUUACCAUUUAUGCCAUUACCUCAUACAGUUAUGUAUUUAUAUUGCUUUGUUCUUUGUAUAGGAUUAUGAAAUUAUCAAACAAAAUUAGAAGUCAUUUUCUUCCUUCUGGAGAUUUGUCACAGUCUUAUCUUCCCUCCUAUUUCUUCUCACUGAUUGGUCAAAGGCAAGGGGCAGGCCGCGGUCCAAUAAUAGGGAGUGGAAGUGAGAUAGGAAACCUGGAUAGAUAGAUCCCAAAGUAGAAAUCCUACUGUGGAUUCGAAGAACGGGUAAACACAGACGUAGGAGAUGAUCAGGACGUUUAGAAGGAUCAACUCGAAAGACUGAAUUCGAAUGCAACGCUCUUUAUAAGAACUUAGUUGCUUGAGAGAUAAGUAAUAGCUAGAAAGUAGUUUAUUGAUUGUGUAUCAAAACAUUUCCCUAAGGCUACAUAUAUAUAGCAAACCCAGAGGAGAUUUAACUAUGUGACUUAUCCUGUCACAAUACUUCCUCCUUCAGAACAUUCUUGGCCUCAAGGAUGGAAGUUUGGAUACUUGGCAAUGAAAUCUUGAUAGAACUCCCAAGUAGCUUGUGCUGGAGUGAACCCUUCUCAUUGGACUAAGACCUUUGUAACAGCCCUGUUGUGGCGAUUAACCAUCUUUGUCUCCAAGAUAGACUCAGGUACCUUGCACGUACCAACAUCAUUGAGAUAUUGCGGAAGUGUAGGGAGUGUAGUUGGCGGAUUAGGACAGAUCUUGAGCUGACUGACAUGAAAGACGUCGUGCAUAGCAGCAUUUGGAGGUAACUCCAAUUUGUAAGCAUGAGAUCCCACUCGAUCGAAGACUGGGAAAGGACCGUAAAACAUGGUGAUAGUUUAUGUGGGAUGUUGGGACCUUUGAGAGAAUGUUGGCGGUAAGCUUGCAGUUUUAAAUAAACAUAAUCUCCUAUCUUGAAUUCUCGGUCAGAACGGUGUGCGUCGGCAUAUUGUUUCAUACGAUUCUGAGCACGGAGUAGAUGAAACUUCAUGAGGUCGAUGACUGCUUCACGUUUUUGGAGAGUUCGGUCGACUGAGGUAGAUGAGCUUUUGCCAGGUAGGUAUGGAAUGUGCACCGGAGGAGGCUGACCGUAUAUUAUUUCGUACGGUGUGCUAUGUAUUGCAGAGUGGUAAGUGGUAUUAUACCACCAUUCAGCUAAAGGAAGCCAUGUACUCCAAGUGUGUGGCGAAUCAGAUAUCAUGCAUCGGAGAUAGGUUUCAAUAGUUUUAUUUGUGACCUCUGUUUGUCCGUCAGUUUGUGGAUGGUAGGCGGUAGAGAAGUUGAGGUCGACGCCAUAAACAUGGAACAGAUCGCGCCAGACGUCACUUAAAACACUGGAUCCCUAUCACUUGUGAUGUCUUUGGGCAUACCGUGAAGACGAAGAACCUGAUCCAAGUAAAGCGUGGCUACGUCGAUGGCAGUGUAAGGAUGUGGUAACGCCAGGAAGUGAGUGUUCUUGCUGAGGCGAUCAAUGACCACCAAGAUGCAAUGCUUUCCAGAAGAUGGAGGUAAUCCUUCUAUAAAGUCAAGACUAACCGAUUCCCAAACACCUGCAGGUACCGGAAGAGGUUGUAGCAAGCCUGGUUUUGCGGCUAAAUCAUAUUUGUUGUGCUGACAUGUUGAGCAGUUGUGGACGUGGUUCUGAGUUUCUAAGCUCAUCUUUGGCCAGAAAAAAACAGUGAUUUGAUUCAUUGUAGCGUCGAAUCCCUGCCUGAGGGACUGCCUAUUGCAGAAUCGUGAAGCCAUUUAAAGAUGUGGAGUUUUACGUCUGGAUCAUCAAAACGCCCGUUAUUAACCUAUUGCUUUAAUUUAUUAAUAGAAAAUAAAAAUUAUGUAAUAUAUUUAUAAGAUAUAUAGUAGAAAUUUUAGUAUGCUUUUUGAUAUUUUUUAAAAACUUCAAUGAACUUGGGGUUUAAAUCUAUCAAAAAUUUCAAAAUAAUUAAUUAUAUAACAAAUCAUGCCAUCCUCAAUAGUCAACUACUAUGUAAUUACUAAAAAACGGUAAAGUAAGGAUUUUCUUAACAAGACAAGUAUUUAAUAGUUGAGAUAUUUCUGUUAUACAUAUUUAUUUUGUAAAUACGUUACAAAUGAAAUUAAUUAUCCACGAUCCUACAAUGGUAUACCAAAAUAAUCCUUAAUGUCAUUUCUCUCAUAAUAAAACGCCUAAACGCCUUAUAAUAAAGAGACAAUGUGUGAAAUAUCCUCAAUUAAGGUUUAAAUUAGCUGAAUACCCAUAAUUAUGGAUAACCUAAAUAGGAGUAAUUUUUUGACACUGUACGGACAAAAAUGCCCUCAUAAUUUGUCGAAAACAAGUAACUCUAGAUCUAUCAGCUAAAUAUUUACAUAGCAGGUAACAAUCUACAUACCAACUAACAUAUCAGUUAAUAAUUUCAGUAUCAU